UGGUGUGCAGUGCAAUUGAGCGCCUAGUAAUUGAUUGAUAUACUUUAUAUUUCUAACUUUGACGUACUUACCAGGGUGACUCUACCACGGUACGCUGUCCUGAAUAUCCCGUGAGACGGCUGCCUAGAUUGAAAUGAUACCAUUGCUUACAACUAUAAGGGGAGGUUUGGUAGAAACAAGAAAAAGCGACUACACAAUCCAUAUUGUCUUGAAUUGUGAUUGCCGGUUUGUCACAGAAGCUAGGCUGACAAUCACGAAUUCAAAGUUGCCCCUCAUUCUGUUAUUACCCCAGGUCACCUUGGAUGUCGCGCAUCCCAAAGGACAACGAUAUUCUACUCAACUACCUACUUGAUAAGGUAGUCGAGCGGAACAAUUAAUGCAUGGAUUACAUGCAUAUUCCGUUUCUAACAUCGCGUGUUCACGAGAUCGGAAAGCGAUGAUGACCAACAGAAAAAUUUAGCCCAAGCUCCAGCUCAAGCGCAAGACAAAAUCAGACCAGGCGCAGACGACAAAAAAAAGUUUUCCCCUUCAAUCAAGCGCUUCCGAAAACAAAUCAGCCCUCUUGUCAGCGAAAUCAGAGCAGACAAGUAAAUUGGUGUAAUGGGAAAGGAGAGGCUGCCAGCUUCUGCGCAGCGCAUCUCUACAUCCAGAAGCAGAGAACGAGGAAAUAAUAGAGGUGGUGUUGAAGGCGGUGGUGAAGGGACAGCAGCCAUUCAGGGGAGAGGCCAAAGUCGCGGUUCUGGUUGCGUGGUGGUUGACGUGGGCGGGACCGAGACGGGGGAUGCUGGGGCUGAUGCGACGGGGUGGGAUGUACCGCAUUCAACGGCAACGACAGCUAGAGCUACAACGAUCACUACAACGAGCGAACCCUCGCGUACGAAGAGUACACGGAUAAACACAAGGACUGAGUUUACGUUUGCGGACACCAGAAGUGCUAGGGGAGAGGAGAAGGAAGCUGGACCAGCUUAUUUGGGAGACCAGGGAUUGGAUUCUGGAUUCAAGGCAAGCUGGACAUUCCAGCAAGAGCAGCUUGAGAACAAGAGUCCAGGACACCAAUACGAGACUUCUACCUCUACCUCCGACGCAGCAUCAUCGCAAAUCCUCAUACGUCCACUCAAUCCCUCCCAAGACGCUCCACAAACUCCCCAGCCCCCGCAACUACCCCGCCAGUCCCCCGAUCCACACCCGCAACCACAGCGCUACGUCCUGAAAUUCGACCGACGCCUCCUCGAGAGAUCGCAGGCGCGAGAAAGGGAGCAGAGGAAAGUCAUUGAGGAGCUGCUGCAGAGGCAGAGGGACGAGGCGAUCUGUGUUAGUGAGUUGGUUAGGGAGAGGGAUUGUGAGAUUAUGCCUAGCUUGGAGGGGGCGUUGAGUUUGAGGAGUGGAAGGGCGAGGGGGGGAUGUGCUGGUGGGGAGAAUGAGAGGGAUAGAGAAAGGGGGAGGGGAAGGGGGAGGCUUGUGAAUGGGAUUGGGGCUGGAGAGAGGGAUACGAAAGUCAAUGGUACCAUGGGUGUGCAGAGGGUUGGGAGGAAUGGGAGAAGGGCGAGGGAUAACAAGGAGAAUAAAGUCAAUGGGAACGGGAAUGCGAAUGCGCCAAAUGGAAUCCAUGAAGAAGAUCUCAGAGAUACGAUCGCCAUCCCUCUCGAACCUAGCAAACCUUCCAAGCCAAAGAAGAUGGAGCUUGAGCUCCGCAUCGACGAUAAGUCCAAAGACAAAGACAAGGAGGCCCUGGAGCGUAACAUCAACAACGUCAUUUUCGGUGAAGUGACUUUCAAAGCUUGGUAUCCGUCGUGGUACCCCAAAGAGAUAAUCGGAGAGAAAGCUCUUGCGGGUGAUAAGGGCGGGAUCGUGGUUAACGAGUUGUAUGUUUGUCAGAGGUGCUUUGGGUAUGGGAAGGUGCUGGUGGAGUGGGUAAAGCAUUGUAGAUGUUGUGAGAGAGAGGUCCCUGGACGGAAGAUCUAUGUGCAUGGUGGGUGGAGGGAGGAUGACAGUCCGAGGCCGGCUGUGGGCGAGUGGAGUAUUUGGGAGGUUGAUGGAGGUGUUGAGACUAUCUUCUGCCAAAACCUUUCCCUCUUCGCCAAACUCUUCCUCGACAAUAAAUCCGUCUUCUUCGACGUCUCAGGCUUCAACUACUUCCUCCUCGUCUACACCCCCCCUUUCAACUCCCCACACAACACAUCCAGCACCCCACAAAAACAAAUCGUCGGCUUCUUCUCCAAAGAAAAACUCUCCUGGGACAAUAAUAACCUAGCAUGCAUCCUCAUCUUUCCACCCUGGCAGCGCAAAGGCCUCGGCGCCCUCCUCAUGGGCAUUUCAUACUCCAUCGCUAGACGCGAACAGAUCCUUGGCGGGCCAGAGAAACCUAUUUCUGAGCUGGGCAGGAAGGGAUAUAAACGAUUCUGGGGGGCGGAGAUCGCGAGAUGGAUUCUAGAGAGGCAGGAGAGGAGGAUGAAGGGAAAGAAGGGGAGGGGAAAGAGGGAGGAGGUGGGUAUAAAGUUGUUGAGUGAGGAGACGUGGAUCGCGCAGGAGGAUUGUCUGGCGGUGUUAAGGGAUAUGGGUGUUGUUGAACGGAUGGGGGGACGUGGGAGGGUGUCGGGUGGAGAUGUGGAUGGGGAAGCUGGUGCUGCAGAGAGGAAUGGGAAGGGGGUGGUGAAGGUGAGGAUUGACAAGGAGGCUGUUAGGAGGUGGUGUGAGAGGGAGAGGAUUAAGCUUGAGAGGGUGGUUGGUGAGGAGGGUUUUAUACCGGGGUAUGCGGAGAAGGUUGAGGAGGAUGGCGAGGAAGAGGGAGGUGAGGAGGAAGAGGAAGAAGGAGAGGGUGAGGUGGACGAGGAGGGUGAUGAGGAGAUGGAUGGUUGAACCAAUUGCAUUGCAUGAUAAGAGAGAAAAACCUUGUAUGAUCAUGGCGAGGCUUUUAUUGCCCGGGGAGUUCUACGCCAGGAAAAGCUCAUAUGCACAAACAUGGAAUGCCUGCACAAUGCAGAGACUAUAGCAGCACACCGACGCAGCGGAUGGAGAGAGAAUAUGAUAGGAGAUUGAUACCCCGCGCUUCGCUGUUCGCAGACGCAGACGCAGAAGAAUAAGAAGUCGAGAAUUCGAGAAUAGAUGAUCAGGCAGCUGGCUGGUCAGAGAGGACGAGGACCAAAACUGCCUCACGCAUCUGAUAUUUACAUACGAAUAGUAAAUGCGCUAUACUUAAAAAAAAAUAAAAACGCACAUUGAUGAC